UGGGCUACGUUCUAUUCCGAUCUGUUCCGGGCAGUUGCACAAGUCUGGAACUUCCUACGGCAAUCCAUACACCAUUUUGCUUUCCAACUGCUUGAGGGAUUUACCUCUCGGGGUAAAGUAACACUCGCAUAUUCCUUGUCCUUGAUACGCCAUAUGUACCUCGUACUACAACAUGUCGACGGUGACACAGCCCAUCUUGAGCCUCGGCGGGGUUUCAGAUAGUCUCGUUGAGUACGGUCAAAUAACAUCUCAAUUCUGUUUCUCUCCAUCGAUCUAUCGAAUAUCCAGCAAUUAGGAAAAUCAAUCAUGGCCGCUCCGUCUCCGUCCGAGCAGCACACGCUGUCAGAUCUCGCCAGCAUCAUUGCGUCCAAUGCCACUGUGGUUGACGAGGAACUUGGAAGCAAAGAACUCCCACCACUAGAUGAUGAGACCUUUCCGAGUUCAUUUCCCCUACUGAGUCCAGAGGGCUCUCGUGCUCGGUUUGAGCUGCUCUCCGCAGCAUUGACUCUUUUCCGGCUCGCGAGCGGGCCGUCCGAGACUUUGGACCAUGUCACCAUGAAGGGCUUCGAACUAGGCACAAUCGCAACCCUCCUCCGCCUUCGCAUCCCGGAGCACAUCCCCAUCGGUAGCGCCGUCUCCCUGCAAACCCUCUCACAACUAACCUUCAUCGACAUCGACCUCCUAACCCGCCUAAUCCGCUACGCCAUCUCAACCGGCUUCCUCACCGAACCAGAACCAGGCCUUAUCCGCCACAAUGCCCUCUCAGCAGCCACCGCGCGCGACCACAACAUGCGCGACAGCGCCCUCUGGAAUGUAAUCGUGGGAGCUCCCGGCGGGAUCAAGAUGUACGAGGCGCUGCAAUUGGAUCCUACGGGGAGGAAUAAUACGAAGACGGGGCUUAGCGUUGCUAUGGAAGAGCGCGGGGAGCCGCGCGGGACGAUGUGGGAUUAUCAUGCGUUACAUCCGGAGGACGAGAUGCGGUUUAAUAAUGCCAUGGCGAGUACGGAGACGGUUUCUGUCCAUGCGUGCGAGCAUGUGGUUAGGGGGUUUGAUUGGUCCAAGGUCAAGACUGUUGUCGAUGUCGGCGGAAACGAAGGCCACCUCUGCAUGACAAUAAUAAACACCUACCCGCACAUAACCGCCACAAUCCAAGACCAGUCGCGCGUCGUCGCAACCUCCGCCCCCCUCCUCCCACCAAAGUACAACCCCUCCAUAACCUUCAAAGAACAUGACUUCUUCCACCCCCAGCCGACAAUCGCAGACGUCUACAUUCUCCGCUUCAUCCUGCACGACUGGCCCGACGACAAAGCCCGCGACAUCAUCCGUAAUCUCCUCCCUGCGCUGAAACCCGGUGCACGGAUCCUCAUCGUUGACCACGUCGUUCCUAGCGUUGGUGCCGGUGAGCAGAAGAUAAACAGGUAUAUGGAGCAGAUUAUCCGGCAGAUGGAUGUUACUAUGUUUGGGUUGUUGGGGGGGAGGGAGAGGUCGGUGGGGGAUUUUGAGAGGUUGUUUGGGGAGAUUGAGGAGAGGUUGGUGUUUAGGGGGUGUGUUACGCCGGAUGGGAGUUCGUUGAGUAUUUUGGAGUUUCAGUUUAUGGGGUAGCUAGCCUAUUCUGUAGAUGUAAUGGUGUUGAUUUACUAUGGGGAGU